CUAUAAUAACGAUAUUAAUUAAAGUACCAAUAUCCCUAAUUACAGCAGUAUUAACAAAUAUCCCGAAUAAAUAAAAACAUAUUCUAAAUAUCUCAUCCUUAUCCAGUUCUCUGUUUGGGGGACACCGGGGGUUGGGGGAGCUGGGCCCCACCAACCACCAGCAAAUUUUCUAUAUUAUUAUUUCACGACCCCAAUCCCAAACCCACUCUCAUUCUUCUCCUUCAUCCAUAUUCCCCCUUCCUUCUUUUGCACUGUCAUAGUGAAGCUCUGAGAAUGACGACGGCCAUGGCGAUGAAGUCGGCUAUUCUUCGUUCGUAUUGUCCACUUCCUUCGCUUUCCCAAGCAAAAGCGGAUUUCCACCCUACUUCAAUAAGGGCCCUUUCCCCCACCGUCACUUGUUCUUCUUCUCCUUCCUCCUCUUCUCCUUCUGCUGCUAUAGCUUCAAGAAACGUCCCCAAGCUGGAGCCGUUUAGCCGGAGCAAGCUGGAUCGGGCUCUCAAGGACCCGCCUCUCAUCCAAAAGUCUCUCAACGAACUUGCUGAUUACUGUGUAAAUCUUGAAGGCGACGAUGCUUAUAGCGGCUGGAGAGCCUAUUUCGAGCUGAAGGACCUCCAAGAUAGGGUUUCAAAGGAGGAAGUCGAGAAGCUGAUUCUCCAAGCUGGUGGAGUGAAAUCCUUGAUUGGUUGCCUACACGGUAUCUCCUCGAUGCACAGCAAAAAGGAAGGCACUAGUGGCUCCUCUGCCUCUGGUGAUGCUCAACAAAGUGUUAAGAAGCAGAGGGAGAGGCUAUGCCCGAUCCCCGACGGCCUGCCGAAAUCUCGAGAGGAGAUGGAAGAGGACGAGAGGGCUAGGAUGCCUGAUUCAUCCUAUACUAGGUUGCUUAGAACUAAAGGGAGGCUUCCUGCUUGGUACUCUCUUGCUCCUGACCAUGAAACUGAUUGAUCCGAUUUUGGCCUCUGGUGCUGAUUUCUUUUAUCAGUUGCCUGCCUCCAUGUAAAUAUAUGUGUAUUUGUUUUGCUUAGGUGAGUUUUGUUUUGGAAUUUGUUAGCCCGACUGCUCAAAUUUUCUUCUGAUGUUGUAUACUUGUUAUAGCAUUUUGCGCUCGUUGUGCCGACUCUGUCAUUGUACUUCAAGCGGGGAGCUCUCUGUGAUUUAAGUGUUGGCUUUUCUAAGAGUGCCUAGAGAAAAGCUUUCUUUGUUAUCAAACUAUGAUCCAAGUUCUCUGAAACUCUCCUGCUCCUACUGCUGAGUUCUUUUGAUACUGGUUUUGGUCUUGAAUCUAAUGUGCUUUUGGUUUCGACUCGAUUUUAUGGCCG